GGAGACGCAGGGAUGGUAUGUGGGCGGGCAAGCUGCCCCGGCACUGCCCAGACGGGGGAGGGCACGGACGCUGCGGAGAGUGUGCGCCCGCGACCGUCUAGCUACCGCCAAACGGCAGAAGGAGACCUGCCGCGCUGGCUCCGGACAUGCUUUCCCUUCUGGGUCUACUGUGCUUGCUGCACGGGAUCUGGGCAGCCCCGGGCGAUCUUCACUCUCUUUGCUAUGACUUCACUGUCAUUUUUAAGCCCGUAAUUCAGCAAUGGUCAUGUGAGGUUCAAGGCAAGGUGGAUGAAAAGUCUUUCCUUUACUACAACUGUGACAUUAAGGAGGUCAAACCCUCUGGUCUCCUGGGGAAGGAAAUACAACGCACAAACACCUGGGAAGAACAGAAUGAAAUGCUGAUGGACGUGAUCGAUGUCUUCAAACAGCAACUGCCUGAAGUUGAACCAAAGAAUUACACGAUCAGAGGUCCCCUCACCCUGCAGGGGAGGAUGUCCUGUCAGUGUGAAGCUAAUGGACUCUCCAAUGGAUCUUGGCGCUUCAGCUUCAAUGGACAAAUAUUCCUCCUCUUCGACUCCAAGAAAAGAAAGUGGACAGUGGUUCAUUCUGGAGCCAGAUUGAUGGAGAAGACUUGGGUGAAUGACAGGGAUGUGACUGAGUUCUUCAGGAAGAUCUCAGUCGGAGACUGCAGGAGGUGGCUUGAGAAUUUCUUGGUGCACUGGGAUAAAAUGCUGGAGACAACAGUUUCCAUUUCAGGACCACCAACCGUAGUCCCAAAUGCAUUCCACGCCAAGGCUACGACCAUCGGGCCCAGACUCUGGACCCUUCUUGUGAUCCUCACCAUCUCUGUCCUACUUGGAACCUGAGGAAGAGUCCUUUAGAGAGUGACAGGCUGAAGUCGCUUCCAAGAAGACCCUAAAUAUGUGAUCAAUUGGAACCUCUUCUGGUUGACUGCCUUUCCACUAUCUACCUUUCCAUUUCUUCUUGUGACUACUAGGAGUUUUAAACCUUCAAGCAAAUUGAGAGGCCUUCAGCUGAUUGUGAAGCUACCCUACAUUUAAUAUCUUAUGCCCUUUUUCCACCUGGUGAUGAUCUUUUAGGCAUUUCCUUUUUAAAAUAUUUUUUUCAUGUGAGCAUGUGCUCACCAGAGA